UCGAGGCAAGUGAGGGAGCCAGAGAGCAGCAGCAGCUAUACCACAGGCAUGACUCUAGGCACCGGCCAAGGAAGAAAAGAAAAGCCUUCUGGGUAAAAAGAAACAACCACCUCCAGACUGACUAGAGAGCAUCAAAGAAAAAGAACCAGCAGGACAAUGAUCACAAUAGAGAUAUUUCUGUUCGUUUUGCUGCUUGCUCUGCUGAUUGUCUUCUUCCUGAGGCAACUUUGGUUCCGAAGACAUUUGCCUCCUGGUCCUUUGGCUCUACCUCUCAUUGGGACCUUGUGGGCUGAUGGAUUUUGGCUUCGUGAAGAUUAUUUCCUUAAGCAUGUGAAACGAUAUGGAAAUCUAUACAUCAUGUCAUUUGGGCAUUACCUUCUAGUCGUGCUAUCUGGAUUCAAAACUGUGAAAGAAGGAAUGACCAAAUUCCCGGAAGAAUUCUCUGGACGACCAAAGGAUCCUUUCUUUGAUAUUUUAGGGAAAGAAAAGGGAAUUAUUCUUUCCAAUGGCCACACCUGGAAACAGCAGCGACACAUUGGGGUCACUUCUCUGCGGAAACUCGGCCUGGGGAAGAAAAGCAUUGAGUAUCAGAUAGAAGGUGCAGUUCAAACAUUGGUGGAGAACUUUAGAGAAACAGAAGGACAACCAUUUGACCCAUCACUUCUGGUACUAAAUGCAGUUUGUAAUGUCAUAUGUGCUUUGAGUUGUGGACAUCAAUUUGCUCCUGAAGAUGAAAACUUUCAGAAGCUAACUCAAGCCCUUAAAACUCUUUUGAAAUUCAUUGGUGACUUUUAUCAUACGGUAUAUGAUACAUUCCCAUGGUUAAUGAAGUACCUCCCUGGCCCCCAUAAAGAAGCUAUAGCUUCUAUGAAUUUGAUCCUCUCCUUUGCAAAGCAGGAAAUAGAGAAACACAAGGAAUCCCACUGUCUGCAUGAGCCACAAGAUUUCAUUGACCACUAUCUGCUUCAGAUGGAGAAGAGCAGGAAUGACCCCAACUCUACCUACAAUGAAGAUAACCUGGCUCGGUGUAUUUUAGAUUUUUUUGCUGCUGGGACAGACACAACCUUUGCUACUCUGAUGUGGGCACUGCUCCUCUUGACAAAUCAUCCCGACAUCCAAGACAGAGUCCAGAAGGAGAUUGAAGAUGUAUUUGGCUUCUCAGGGUCAAUUUCCUAUCAGGAUCGGAAGAAGCUGCCCUACACCAAUGCCGUGAUUCAUGAAAUGCAGCGUUUAAAAUACAUCUUGAUAGUUGGAGUUCCCAGGCAAAGUACAAGGGAUGUGAAGAUGAGAGGUUAUCUUAUUCCAAAGGGAAGCUUUAUUGUCACAGACCUGCGCUCUGUCCUUCUUGAUCCUGAACAAUGGGAGACACCUAAAGAAUUCAACCCGAAUCACUUUUUAGAUAAGGAUGGGAAGUUCAUUGACCGAGAAGAGUUUCUGCCGUUUGGAAUAGGUCAGCGUGCAUGUGUGGGACAGCAGUUGGCAAGAAUUGAGAUCUUCAUCUUUCUGACCAGCCUGUUAAGGGCCUUCAGCUUUCAGUUGCCUCAAGGAGUGAAAAAACUCAAUGAAGAACCUGUUGUAAAAGUGUCAAUGCAUCCACACCCUUAUAAACGGUGGUCCCGGAGACACUUCCCACCUGGUCCUCCUUCUCUUCCAGUCUUUGGAAAUGCAUGGGCUGUCCAGACAAGAAAUAAUGAAGACAUUAUGAAGAAGCUGGCCAAGAAAUAUGGAAAUAUAUACACAUUGUGGUUGGGGAAUCAAUCUGUAGUGGUGCUGUCUGGAUUCAAAGCUGUAAAAGAAGGUUUGGUUGGAUAUGGAGAAGAAUUUAGCGGUCGGAUUGUAAGUGCUUUCUUUUCAUCUCAAGGAAAAGGAAGGGGUAUUGUGUUUGCAAAUGGUCACAUCUGGAAGAAGCAGCGACAGAUUGGUAAUACUUCUUUGCGGUUGUUUGGACCAGGGAAUAAAAAGAUUGAGCAUCAUAUUAAAGAAGAAGCCCAGCAACUUAUAGAAAUCUUUACACGUACAAAAGGGCAGCCAUUUGAUCCUUCAUUGCCAUUGAUCUAUUCAGUCUCUAAUGUGAUGUGUGCUUUUAACUUGGGGCACCAGUUUGCACACGAAGAUCAAAACUUCCGGAAGUUGGUUGAAAACAUAUUAUGCACUGUAAGAAUGACAGGUCGUGCUUUUCAUCUGGUUUAUGAGGCAAUCCCUUGGUUGAUGAAACAUCUUCCUGGACCUCACCAGAAGGCUAUAGAGUCUGCCGAGUUUAUCCUUUCAUUUGUAAGGCAAGAAGUAGAAAGCCACAAGCAAUAUCAAUCUCUGCAUGACCCACAGGAUUUCAUUGAUUUCUAUCUACUACAAAUGGAAAAGAACAAGGAUGACCGCAACUCUGUCUAUAGUGAAGAGAACCUGGCUUGCUGUCUGCUUGAAUUGUUUAUUGCUGGAGCAGAAACAACCUAUUCUAGCCUGAUGUGGGCAGUGCUUCUCUUGGUAAAUCAUCCCGACAUCCAAGAAAAAGUCCACAAGGAGAUUGAAGAUGUCUUUGGUGCUUCAGGAUCAAUUUCCUAUGAUGAUCGGCACAAGCUGCCCUACACCAAUGCUGUGAUACAUGAGACCCAGCGAACAAAAUAUGUUUUAUUUAUACCAAUACCUAGACAAAGCCUAAAAGAUGUGAAAAUGCGGGGUUUCCACAUUCCAAAGGGGACCGUUAUUGUGAGUGAUUUACGCUCUGUUCUUCUGGAUCCUGAAGAAUGGGAGACACCUGAAGAAUUCAACCCAAAUCACUUUUUAGACAAAGAUGGGAAAUUUCAGACUCGAGAAGCAUUUAUGCCAUUUGGCGCAGGGCAACGUGUCUGUUUAGGAGAAAAGUUGUCAAGAAUUGAGAUGUUCAUCAUACUAACCAACCUGCUGAGGACUUUCCAUUUCCAGCCGCCCGAAGGAGUGAAAAAGCUUGAUGAGAAACCUAUAAUAAGUAUGGGAUUAACUCCACAUCCUUUUAAAAUCUGUGCUGUUCCAUAUUACACAUCAUAA